AUGAACAAAACGAAUUGGAAGGUAUCUGUAACUACAUUCAAUUGUGGUAAGGAAUUUCCCGUUGAAAAUUCGAAAGCAAUCGUUAAGCAAUUGCUUUUCCCCUACGAUGACGGCAUCUCCCAAUUGGAAUUGCAAGAUCUAUAUGUGUUGGGGUUCCAAGAAGUAGUCCCCAUAUGGCAAGGCUCCUUCCCUGCUGUUAAUCGUGAUUUAAUCGAUAGAAUUACAACUACUGCGGUUAAUUGUCUGAAUGAAAAAGUGUCAGCUACACAAGGGGAUGAGCAGUAUUCAUGUUUAGGGGUGAAUAGUCUUGGGGCGAUUACCAUAAUAGUAUUAUACAAUAAUAAUGCGCUAAAGGUAAAAGAUGAUAUUUUGAAACGGAAUGGGAAAUGCGGUUGGUUUGGUACACACUUGAAAGGUGGAACUUUGAUAAGUUUUCAGAUGACACGCAAUGGCGAGGAGAACUGGGAAAGAUUUAGCUAUAUUUGUGCUCAUUUAAAUGCAAAUGAAGGUGUCAACAAUAGAAAUCAAAGAAUAGAUGAUUACAAACGAAUAAUGAGUGAAGUGUGUGAUUCUGAGGUUGCAAAAAGCGACCACUUUUUCUUUCUAGGCGAUUUGAAUUUUAGGGUUACUAGUACUUAUGAUCCAACUACCAAUUAUUCGUCCACCACAACGUUAAGGCGUCUAUUAGAAAAUCAUGAAGAACUAAAUCUGCUACGUAAAGGAGAGGAUGAACCGUUAUGCAAAGGUUUUCAGGAGCUGAAGAUAACAUUUCCACCGACAUACAAAUUCAAGUUGUUUGAAAAGGAAACAUAUAAUACAAAAAGAAUCCCGUCGUGGUGCGAUAGGAUUCUCUACAAAAGCUAUGCAGUGCCAACUUUCGCACAAGAAGGUACUUACCAUUCCGUCCCUAGGUCCAAUGCUCUAUUAUUUAGCGAUCAUCAACCCGUUAAUCUUACCGUAAGAUUACCAAGGUCUACAGGGACGCCAGUGCCGUUAUCCUUACAUAUCGAAAAGUAUCCUUUAUCAUGGAGCUCUGGCCUGAUUGGACAAAUUGGUGACGCAGUCAUCGGGUACUGCGGUUGGCUAGUUACUAAGAAUGUACAUUAUUGGAUAUUAGGUUCUUUACUAUUAUAUUUACUAUUAAAAAUCCUGUAA